AUGGACCAAUUAUAAAAUGAGAUUGUUUUAGUUAAUAAAGAAAUAUACAAUUAACUAUAUGAUACACAAUCAUACAAAAAAUUAGAUUAGUUAAAAAAAAUGAAUCUUUAACCAUCACCAAUACAUGUAGUAAAAGAUUUACUGAGUGCCAGAGAAAAUCCAAAAGAAUAUGCAAAAUAACAUAAAUUAGAAUUUAAGUUUAGAUAAACUUAAUUUUGGUAACCAUCUAUUAAGGAUACUAUAUCAUAUUAAUAAAGUCAAUAACUAUAAUAAUAAUUAGAACAGUAAUAAGAUUAAUAGUAAUUAGUAGAUACAACUAAUGCAAUAUCAUUUAUUGAAAUGUCAAAGAAUGAACAAUCAUAAAUUUAACAUUCUUCUUAGUCAACAAGAAGGAAAAUAUUGGUUAAACAGAGGGUUUCAAAAUAGCCGAGUGAUUCAUCUAUAUGGAAGAAACCUCUUAAAUAAAUAAAUAAAAUUUUGUUAUAAUUCAAACAGGAUAGCAACGCAGAAUAUUAUGCAAUCAUAAAAUAUUUAGAUGCUAGUAAUUAACUUGAAUAAAAAUCAAUGGAUAAUAAUAAAAAAAUUUAAUGGGAUUGCUAAGUGAAAUUUGAUAUAACUGAUGAUUAAAAUUUAUAUAUAAUUAUUGUUCAAUAAUAAUAAGGAAAGAUAGGAUAGUAGAAUGUAUUAUAAUAAACAAUAAAUAUAUAAAAUGUUGAAAAAUAAUUUUAAUAAGAGGUGUAAUUAAAGUAUUUAAAAAACACUAUUAAUGCUACUUUAUUUGUUGAUUUUAAUUGA